AUGCCCGCGUAUCCUGCGGAGAAUAUCAGUCAGGCUGGCAGCUCUUCCGAAACACCAGCUUCCAGCCGGUGGGACCGCAUCCAACGUUCUCCUACCUACGCUCAUCCAAAUGGUCCUACUAUUGAAGACUACACCGCUGGAUCGGUCGUCCCGCCGACGUUGACACCAGCUACGACUACAUGCCAGCCUGUGGCUCUCCAGGUCCUGUCUACUCUCUGGGAUGAUAGCAACGUGUCCAUGAUUGAUACAGAGAGACGCGUUCCAGCCGACCCCUCGAUUCCAAGCAUCGUUGCCCGCGCGCCCUCGCCCUCUAUACAAGAAACGCCCUCUGACCUGACAACAAGCGCAAGCUCAAUCCCUAGCACGACUACAACGCUGACGAACACACUUCCACCUACACAAUCUGCUGCUCUGCGCGCCCUCAAUGCCCCAGCCUUCCAGAAUCACCCAUCGACAAACGCCAACAGCAAGCCCGCGAAGUCUACCUCAAGUCAAACCACACUAUCAAGUCAGCCCGUCGUCGUGCGAACAUAUUCUGGCGCCCGUCACAUCUCUCGCGCUUCAUCUGGCGUGAAUUCUCCCCGACUGUUUCCCAACCUGAGUAGCAGCAUGCCGCCACCGGCUUCCAUGUUGACAGCAGGACUCGCCGGCCGAAGCGAGCGACUACCCGCGGCGGACGAUUUCUCGUUCUCGGCUAUACUUCGUGCGGUGGACCCAGAGAUAAGGGAGGCGAUUGAUGCUAUUGCGGAGAUAUGUGCGAAGAGCAGAUUGAGUCUCGCUGACGAGUACGAUGCUCAUCUGCCUCCGCAAGGAGAGAUCACAGCUAUGGGGACCGGUUGGGCCUCAAGCAUGGGUGCAAUGGCCGGGAGAGGACGUUUGCCACGAAUUGGACAGGCAUGGAACGCAGGAGAACAGACCUUGACAGUUGUGCCUGAGGCUAGCAGCUCGAGCGAGAGGCUUGUGAGCGAGCAUCACCAAAGCGCAACAGCCGAUCCCAAUAAGAAGAGAAACCAAUCCGCAUAUGGAAGUCUCAAAAGUGUUAUCAGCGGUGGUAGCGGAAAGAGAAGAGCUCUCGAUCUGAAUGUCUUCGGUUCAACAGAGCGGGACGUGUCGAAAGAGAACACGCAAAGUACCCAGACAGGCCCUGCAUGGAGUGUACGAGCCAGUCCGGCAGCAGCAAAUCACCCCUCUCUGACUAUAGUCACAUCAUCACAAGCCUCGAAACAACUCUCGCUCGAUUGUUCCUCUACAAUCAAAAACGUCCCCGAGGGACCUCAAGAGCAAGAAACACAGCAAACACAGACGAAAGCAACUGCCCUAGAUACGAAAUACGUCCCUUCCCAUCGCCGCAAUGCCUCGAGUAUCAGCAAUGCACAAUCGCGGGUGCGAUCGAGUACAUUGAGCUCAUUGACCUCCUGGAUCCCGUGGUCGCGCAACCCGGACGCAGAAGACAUGGACAAAGACGCGACGAAGGCGGUAGCGAAACUCAGGGAGAUGCUUGUACAAUCCGAGACCUCGAAUCUUGGUAAAGGGAAGGCACCAGCACACGCUGUAUGA